UUUUGGGAAGUUUUUUUGAAUUUUGGUGGGUUUUACUGAGAUUUUGAGGUAUUUUCUGGGGUUUUUGAAAAAUUUAUUGGGAUUUUUAGAGGAUUUUGUUUUUAGUGGAAGUUUGGGGGGGCUUCAGGGUUGGGGGGCUUUAUGGUUGUCCCUGGGUGCAGGGAAGGGCUUAGAGGCACCAAAAUCUCCUAAAACCCCCAAAAGUCCCAAUAAACCCCACAAAAUCCCAAUUAAAUCUCACAAAAUCCCCUUAGAACACCCCAGAAUUUCAGUAAAAGCCCACACAAUCUCUUGAAAUCCCAAUAAACCUCACAAAACUCCAAUUAAACCCCAAAAAUUCCCCCAAAAAAAUCUCCAAAACCACAAAAAGUCCCACAAAAUCCCCCCAAGAUCCAAAGAAAUCCUGGCAACACCCAAAAAGCCCCACAAAAACCCACCAAAAUCUCCCCAAAAACCAAAAAACUCCCAAAUGAACCCAAACCCUCAAAGAAUCCCACUAAAUGCCCCCCAAAUUCUAAUAAAAUGCCCUCAACCCCCCUAAAAUUUAAUAAAACCAUUAAAAACUCCAGGCUCCAACAAAAUCAUAGUAAACCCCACUAAAAUUUAACAAAACCCAAAAAAAUUUCAAUAAACUCCCAAACACCCCUAGAAAACAACCCCGCAAAGCGCCAAUAAAAUCCCCCCAAAUCCAAACCCCUCAAAGUUCCUCGGCUCACCGAAAACCCUGCAAUUAUCUUCAAAAAACCCAAUAAUUUCCCCUAAACUCCGAACAAAAUUCCCCGAAGCUCAGAAGAGCCCAGUGUCCCCAAAAACCCUCCUGAGAGCCCUGGCCCCUGCCAGUCUCGGCUCAGUCCCGCCCAGGGGUGCAGCCAAACGCGCGGAUCCCAGAGCUGAUCCUGGUGCCAAUCCCAGUCUCGGCCCCAGUCUCAGCCCAUUUGGGUGAUUUUAGGCCAAACUGGGCAGGUUUAGGGUGAGUUGCAGAUCCUUUGGAGUGAUUUCAAGCCUUGUAGUGUGGACUUUAGGCCUCUUUGAAUGACUUUUAGGCUAAAUCUUGUGGGUUUUAGAGUGGAUUUUAGAUCCCCUGGGAUGAUUUUAGGACCAUUUGUAUAGAGUUUAGGCCUGUUUGGAUGAUUUUAGGAUAAACUGGGCAAUUUUAGUGUGGAUUUUGGAACGCUUUGACUGAUUUUAUGCCCAUACUGGGUGAAUUUUAAUCCUGUGUGGGUGAUUUUAGGUUCCUUGUUUUGGUGAUUUUGGGCCCAUUUAGUUAGAUUUUUGGCUUCUUUAGUUAAUUUUAGGUCAAAUCAAGUCUUUUUAAGGUGAUUUUAGGUCCUUUUUGUGUUGGUUUCAGGCAUGUUUGGGUGAAUUUAGGUCCAUGUGGGUGAUUUUAGUAAAAAACAGGUGGAUUUUAGGGUGGAUUUAUACACAUUUGGGUCAUUUUAGGCAAAACCAGAUACUUUCAGGGUGGAUUUUAAGCCCAUUUUGGAAAUUCAGGGUGAUUUUGGGCCAUUUUGUGCAAACUACUUUGGGCAAUAUUAGGCCCAUUUGGUUGGAUUUUAGACCCCGUUGGAUAACUUGAAUCCCAUUUGGCUGAUUUUAGGCCAAACUGGGUCCUCGUAGGAGCGCGUGUCCCCUGUACCCCACCCCUUUUGCCUCACAGUUUGGGGUUUGGGAAUGGGGGAGGGGGAGGGAGGGAGGAAGAGAUGGAGUGGCAGCAGGAAGCAACAGAGGAAGAGACGACGGGGGAAUCUCAUGGCCCUGGUAGUUCCUGAACUCGCUGCAGCCCCGGGACCAUCGUCCCCCAUCCUGCAGGAUUUCCCAUUCCCAGCCGUUGGCAAGAUGGAGAAGGAGGGUGCAAGGACAAGGAAGAUGCCACGGAACACCCAGGCAGAGAAGGAGCUGCAGGUGGAGGCCAGGGAGGACAAAUCCCCAUGGCAGAACCUCAUGGAAGAGGCUGUUUUGAGCAGCUCCACCGCACAGGAAUCAAAGGGGAAAGAAAAGCCCCGGAGAUCACACGCAACGAGGGGCUGCAAACUCAGAUCACGGGAAUCUGAGGUGGAAAGACCCAACCUGGGCCAGGAAGGCAGCCAGGGAUCAAGCCAGAGCUUGGUGGUCCAUGAGCAGCUUCAUGAUGGCGGGAAGCCCCACAAGUGCUUGGAGUGUGGGAAGAGCUUCAGCCGGAGCUCCAGCCUGAUUCAGCACCAGAGGAUGCACACUGGGGAACGGCCGUAUAAGUGUGGGGUAUGUGGGAAGAGCUUCAGAGUCAGCUCCAGCUUGAUCCGCCACCAGAUUAUCCACACUGGAGAACAACCCUAUGAGUGUGGGGAGUGUAGGAAGAGCUUCAGCCGGAGCUGCACCCUCAUCCAUCACCAGGUGGUCCACACUGGGGAGAGACCCUGUGAGUGUGAUCAGUGCAGGAAGAGGUUUCAGCUCAGCUCUAGUCUCCUUGUGCACCAGCGCACGCAUACAGAUGAAAGGCCCUUCCACUGCCCCGACUGUGGGAAGGGCUUCAGGCAAAAUGCCCAUCUUGUCAGGCACCAGCGCAUCCACACUGGGGAGAGGCCCCAUGAGUGUGAGGAAUAUGGGAUGAGCUUCAGCCAGAGCUCGCACCUGAUCCGCCACCAGAGGACCCACACUGGGGAGCGGCCCUACAAAUGUGGGGAAUGUGGGAAGGACUUCAGCCAGCGUGCCAACCUGGUCCAGCACCAGGUCAUCCACACUGGGGAGAGGCCCUACAAGUGUUCAGAAUGUGGGAAGAGGUUUCGGAUCAGCUCACAUCUCCUCAUACACCGUCGGACUCACACAGAGGAGAGGCCCUUCCACUGUCGUGACUGUGGGACGGGAUUCACAUAACUCACCCUCAUCAGCCACCAAUGGAUUCACACAGAGGAGAGGCCCUUCCGCUGCUCUGACUGCAGGAAGGGCUACAAGCACAAUUCCUCCCUGAUCAGCCAUCGGUGCAUGCACACUGGGAAGAGGCCCUAUGAGUGUCCACAGUGUGGGAAGAGCUUCUCACAGAGCUCAGCCUUGACCAAGCACCAACAGAGCCACUAGUAAGGAAAGCUCUGUGAGUGUCCUGAUUUCAGGAAGAGCUUCGUAUGCUGCUCCAACUCCAUUCCCCACUGGAGGACUGUUGUUGGGAAGAGCCCUGGUGACCCACAUAUUGAAGUGAAGGGAGACGACCCAUCCUUUGAUCAGCAUCGAACUCCGAUUUAUUGAUUCACCAUGCACAUUUUUAUAAUGGUGUUAAUUAAGUUCAUACAUAUUGCAAAACCCAAGCUCAUCAUUGGUCACAGAUUACACAUUAACCCCUCCUUUUGUUUUCAAUACCUGUGGUUUGUUAUUGAAACCAAGAUUUGUGUUCUCACCCUGAUAUGAAAGAUUCUCAAGGCCUC